UCGUGCUCUUACUGUAGUGAUCACAGUAAUUUUUUUAACCAAAAAACAACAAAAACAAUCACAUAAAAUGAAGACCUUUAUUGUUCUUGCCGUUCUUAUUGCUGUUGCCCUUGCUGCCCCUCUUGAUGACUCCCGCAAUGCUCAGAUUCUCCGUUACGAGAACGACAACAUUGGUGUUGAUGGAUACAAAUUCGCUUAUGAAACCAGUGAUGGGGUUGCUCGUGAGGAAACAGCCGAACUGAGGAAUAUUGGAACUGAACAAGCUAUUGUUGUCCGAGGAACCGUUUCCUGGGUCGGACCUGAUGGUGUCACCUACAAACUGGACUACAUUGCCGAUGAGAAUGGAUUCCAGCCACAGGGAUCUCACUUACCUGUUGCCUAAACAAAUGAAUGAUACUAGUUUGUACAAAAUAUUCUUCCACUAAGGCCAAUAAAUAUUAUUUAAUUUCCAUAAUACCGGUA